AUGUGGAUCAAGAUGUCCGAGAAGUUUCCUUAUUCUACUUUGGACAGCGUUCAAAAGCUUAUUUUGUUACAGAAUUCGAAGAGAAGGCAGAGAGGUGAAAUUUAUCAACAUCAAGAGGUUCAAGGGACGACAAGAUCACGUUCUAGAAAACCGCCUCCUCAUGGUAGUUGGCAGCCAACUGUACCUUCAUGGGAAAAGAGAUUCUGCUAUUCAGUUGGUUCAAUUCCAUGGGGAAAGCUCCUGGAAACCAAAAGAUCUAUGUACCUUUAUGAGAAUGUAGUUCAGUGGAAUGACUCUGCUGGUGAAGAGGCAUUUCAUAAUGCUAAAAAUCGAUUUUGGGCAGAGAUUAAUGGCCUACCUUGCAACAUAUCGUUGCCUGAUCCUGAUAUUUAUAUUGAUCAAAUUGAUUGGAACUCCAAUGUUGACUCUGAAUUGCUUUUAGACUUGGAGCGCGAACCAAAAGAUCACGAUGAGACUAGCAAACGAGAGGAGGUUGUGAUUAUUGCUGAGGAAGAAUUUCAAAAGGUUCCUGAUUCGGCAUUGGAUCCUGGACAUGGGGUUUUCAACCAUAAAGUCACUAAUUAUGAAAACCCCUGGGGAAUGAAUGUUCCUUUUCCCAAUGAAGCCACGAACGAUGAUGGAUGGAAUUGUUGGAAUGAUUCAUUUGGUCAGGGCAAUGAUGAGUGGGAUGUUAAUAAUGACUGGACGAAUGUUAAUGCUGGAAAUGGUGGUGAUGGGGGAACAUGGGAUGGGUAUGGCCAAAAGAGGGAAGAUGCUGGUUGGCACAUGUCAAGGUAUAAAACCUCCAGGUUUCAUGGUGAUGAAUAUCCAAUGGAUCGUGGAUUGUGGAGGCAUGGAAGAGUUUCCGCUUCUCCUCCCAGAAAUACAGUUUUCUCUGGCGAUAUAAAGGUUGUCAUGGCAGCUGAAGAGGAAAAUCCCACUUCAUCAAAUUUACCCGAUGAAUCUUCUGCUGUAGUCCCGGAUGAUGAACCAAUGAUUGAUAACUCUAGUCCUAUUCCACCAAUCAUUCCACCAGUACCCCCAUCUUCGAUACCGGCUGUGCCUCCUAUUGCUCCGAUACCUACAGUUCCUCCCCGCCCAUUAGCACCUCUCCCCAUCCGUCCGCCUGUCAUUAGGCCACCUGGGGUGCAAAAUGGUGAGAUGAGAACUAGUGACUCGGAUUCUGACCAAGAGGAAUCAAGUCCCACUGGGACUACCAUGGGAUCAACUGGGGGUUAUGAAGUUUCAGAAGCCAGCAGACUAGUGAGAGAAAGGCAGCAGAAGGCAAUGCAGGACUUUAUGAUGAAGAAGCGUGCUGCUGCUCUGGCAGUGCCUACUAAUGAUAUGGCAGUUAGGACUCGUCUUCGCCGGCUUGGUGAGCCUAUAACUCUUUUUGGAGAACGAGAGAUGGAGAGACGGGACAGGUUGAGGAUGCUCAUGGCAAAGUUAGAUUCUGAAGGGCAGUUGGAGAAAUUGAUGAAAGCUCAUGAGGAAGAGGAGGCUGCUUCUACUGCUGUAGCAGAGGAUGCUGAGGAAGAAAUGGUUCAAUAUCCAUUCUACACUGAAGGGUCGAAAGAGCUAUUGGAUGCUAGAAUUGAUAUUGCAAAAUACUCUAUUUCGAAGGCAGCUUUGCGUCUUCAACGUGCACGGAGAAAAAGGGAUGACCCAGACGAAGAUGAAGAUGCAGAGAUUGAUUGGGCUCUGAAGCAGGCGGAGAGUUUGAGUCUUAAUUGCAGCGAGCUUGGGGAUGACCGACCACUCUCUGGUUGUUCCUUCUCUUGUGAUGGGGAAAUGCUUGCUACCUGUUCUUUAAGUGGAGUUGCUAAAAUAUGGAGUGUGCCUCAAGUAACAAAGGUUUCUACCUUAAAGGGACACACAGAACGUGCAACUGAUGUCGCCUUCUCGCCUGUGCGCAAUCAUUUGGCAACUGCCUCCGCUGAUCGAACUGCAAGGUUGUGGAACACUGAUGGUUCUCUCCUGAAGAAGUUUGAAGGUCAUCUAGACCGUCUUGCUCGCAUUGGUUUCCAUCCAUCAGGGAAGUACUUGGCCACCACGAGCUUUGAUAAGACAUGGAGACUGUGGGAUAUAGAUUCUGGUGUGGAGCUGCUUCUUCAAGAAGGUCACAGUCGGAGCAUUUACGGAAUAGCUUUCCACCAUGAUGGAUCAUUAGCAGCAUCUUGUGGAUUGGAUGCACUAGCACGUGUUUGGGACCUCCGUACUGGGAGAAGUAUAAUGGCAUUGGAAGGCCAUGUCAAGCCGGUUCUUGGAAUCAGCUUUUCACCCAAUGGCUAUCAUUUAGCGACUGGCGGUGAGGAUAAUACUUGCCGGAUAUGGGAUUUAAGGAAGAAAAAAUCAUUAUAUAUCAUACCAGCACACUCAAAUCUCGUAUCACAAGUAAAAUUUGAGCCCCAAGAAGGCUAUUAUCUGGUCACAUCAUCAUAUGACAUGACUGCUAAGGUUUGGUCUGGCCGAGAUUUUAAGCCUGUCAAGACAUUAUCAGCACAUGAAGCCAAAGUUACAUCUCUGGAUAUCAGUGCAGAUGGACGUCAUAUUGCGACUGUCUCACAUGAUCGAACCAUCAAGCUGUGGUCCAGCAGAAGCAAUGAAAAAGAUGCUAUGGAGGUUGAAUGA